AUGUAUAGUAAUCCAUCUGUUCAUGGAACACUUAUAGUUUCAACUGUUCUUGGUGACCCAAAAUUGAAGAAUUUAUGGCUUGAAGAAGUUAAGAUUGGCAUGUUCUGCUAUAGUUGGUUGACAUCUGAACAAGCUAAUCGUAUGACGAGCAAAUUUUUUAUUUACAUGACUUGUAAUGAUCGAAUAAGUAUGGCUGGUCUUAAUACUGAUAAUGUUAGAUAUGUAGCUAAUCCUAUUCACGAGGUCACAAAAUCAGGUAGUGAUACCUUUGAGAGGUGGUUCAUAUUGAAGACUCUUCAGCAUUUGUAUCUCCAUUUUUUGUAG